AAAGAGUCGGGCGAGAGCGCUUUGUGGCAAAGGCUGUGGUUUUUAGCUGCCGCAUUUAGUCCUGUCAAAAACCAAAAACACCGGUUAAGUUUAAAAAAAUCAAUCGAUCUGUGAUAAUAUCCACAAUUUAAUUCGCGUUAAAACGUACAAUUCGCGGCAACAGCGCGAAACAAAUGAAGCUGACACACGAUUUGACAGUUACAACCCCUUGUCAGUGAUUGCCUUUUGUUUUUUUGGUGUUUGUGAGGUUUUUAAGUUGUUUUGUGCGUAUCUCCAGUAAAAUUAAGUGUUUCGCAUUAAAAUAGUGGUUAUUUUAUUCAUAAAUCGAGUGUAAAAAAUCCGAAAGUCCAAAAUGCUGAGCGGCAUCGUAAAACACUACCUACACUGUCUUUUGUUUUUCACCAUAAUCAUCGCCUUCGAGAUUUACAGCGGAGGCAUCAAAUUAGGGGACAGCGGCUUUUUCGUGCCGAACAGCGACAUUGACCCGUGGAUCGCCUACGGCUUUAUCGGGACGUGCGUGCUUUACGCCCUGCGACUAGUGACUUUUUUGCCUUUGCCGCAAGUUUUGUUUAAUUUUGUCGGUUUGACGUAUUAUAACGCUUUUCCGGACAAAGUAGUGCUUAAAGGGUCUCCCCUUUUGGCCCCCUUUAUCUGCAUAAGGGUGGUGACGAGGGGGGACUUCCCCCAACUGGUGAAAAACAACGUUACCAAGAACAUGAACAAAUGCCUGGACGCGGGCCUGGAAAAUUUCCUGAUAGAAGUCGUUACGGACAAGGCUAUAAAUCUGGAAAGCCAUAGGCGUAUUAGGGAAAUUGUGGUGCCCCCCUCGUACAGGACCAAAACGGGGGCCCUGUUCAAAGCCAGGGCGCUGCAGUAUUGUUUGGAGGACAAAAUCAAUAUUUUAAGCGACAAUGAUUGGGUAGUCCAUCUGGAUGAAGAAACUUUACUAACGGAAAACUCCGUGAAAGGAAUUUUAAAUUUCGUAGUGGACGGAAAACACCACUUUGGACAGGGUCUUAUCACGUACGCCAAUGAAAACAUCGUCAAUUGGUUGACAACAUUGGCGGACUCGUUCAGGGUUACAGACGACAUGGGAAAAUUAAAAUUACAGUUUUUGAUGUUCCACAAACCGUUAUUCAGUUGGAAGGGAAGCUAUGUUGUAACACAGGUGGCAGCUGAAAAAGCUGUUUCUUUUGACAACGGUCUAGAUGGAUCCAUAGCUGAAGAUUGCUUUUUUGCGAUGAAAGCCUACAGCCUAGGCUACAGCUUUAACUUUAUACAAGGUGAAAUGUGGGAAAAGUCGCCCUUUACUCUCUGGGACUUCAUACAACAAAGAAAAAGGUGGAUUCAAGGGAUUUUACUGGUGGUACAUUCAAAAUCGAUACCGCUUAAAAACAAGUUACUUCUUGGGUGCAGCUGCUAUUCGUGGCUCACUCUACCCCUAUCAGUUUCAAACUUAAUAUUAGCUUCAAAAUUCCCGAUUCCCUGUAACCCAAUAAUCGACUUCCUGUGCGCUUUUACUGCCGCCGUAAAUAUAUACAUGUACGUUUUUGGCGUUAUUAAAUCGUUCACAAUGGUUCGUUACGGCCCUGUUAAAUUGAUACUUUACUUAUCCAGCCUCAUUCUCGUGAUACCCUUUAACUUAGUCAUUGAGAAUAUCGCCGUUAUUUGGGGUAUAUUCGGGGUAAAACACAAAUUCUACGUGGUCAAUAAAAACAUCGGACCAUCGAUUACAGUUUAAUUUUUUCGUUUUUUGUACAUACGUAUUUAUUUUGCCGCCUUUUCGUUUAUGCACCUUGGUGCAAUCCAAGAUGCUAGGUCUCGUUUUUUACAGUAUAUAAAUAAUUAUAGGCAAUUGUUAAUAUAAAAAGACCAUGUUGUAUAUAUUUGUAACGAUAAUAUAAUAAUAAUGAAGCUUUCUUAAAUAUCCAAUAUACUGUAUAACUCAGGUUGAUAACAAACAGCAAUAACGUUUUUUACAAUUAUAGGGUUAAUUUAAUUAAUCAAACACGCAUUAAAACGAUUUGUCAAAAAUUGCCAUUUUGAGACGUCAUCGUUAUGAAAUGUCAAUAAUUUAGGUUAUGUAUAAGAAAAUCACGACUGUGGUAUUAAUUCUAUUAACUCUGUAAAAUUGAUUCAACAUAUCUAAUUAAUGCUUUUCGGAUUUGAUUUUGCUUUUUUAAAUUUUGUGAAUUAAGGGAACAAACGGUAUAUUUCCAGCAAAGCGAACAAUUUUGCCCAAGGACAAAGUAUUUUUAUAAGUUUUUUGCACGUGUACUUGUAUUUUUAAUUACGCGUUAAUUUUUUUGUUUUUCAACCCUUUUGAAAAUAAAAUGUUAAUUUAUCAAAAUACCCAGCCAUUCCAUGUUUAUUAAGUACCAUGUUCCACAUCAAAAAGUUACACUUACAUUUAAAUAAUAAAUGCUGUCAAAUAAUUGAGGUUAUCUAUCUGUCAGUUUAACGUUAAUUUCGUCUUAUUACAUACUAAAAAUAAGGCGAAAUCAGCGCUUAACUAAUGUCAAAGUGGGACUUUUUGAUGUAGAGCAUAGUACAUAUUUUUUAGUACUUAUGCUUUAUUUUUAUAUCAAGCGACUUUCUACAUAUUAUAAUCUCAAUGGAAAGCAAUGCACCAAUCAGAGCACAGCAUUCUUUAUCUCGCCCAGUGUGCUGUGGAGAAUGCCGUGCUCUGAUUGGUGCAUUGCUUUCCAUAGAGAUCGGGUCGCAAGUUUCAAGAUUUGCAAAGUUUUGUGUGCUCGCAAAUUCUAUUUUAGUGCGUCAAAUAUUUUUGUAUAAAUUUUUCAUUAAUUUAGUUUCCGUUAUUUGAAGAAGCCAAAUAUUUAUUUUUUCAAAGAGUUUAGCGACAUAUGGCUUGUUUUUAGGCAACUUUAAAAAAAUUGAAACCCUGUUUAGCAGACUGGCUUUUAUUUUGCAUAAUGUAGUUUGUUAGUUGAAAAAUGGCAGAGUAUUUAUAAUAAUUAUGUAAUUAAUUAAAAGUGCUCAUUAUGUCCAAACUAGUCACUAUUUAAGUUAAACAUUUUGCAAUCUUUUUGUAUUACUUUAGAAUCCGAAUCUAAAGUUUAGAAAGAUGCUUCACACCUUAAUUUUAUAUUGGAAAUGUGUGAUUUUAUUACAGGGUGAUCAAAAGAAAUCACUCUGUAUGUGUUUUAAGAAACCACAAAUUAUCAAGAUUUAUUUAUGUAUUAAUUUUAUGAUUUAUUGCAUACCAAAUCAACAUAUUGUUAGACUGAAUUUAAACUUUUUAAAAAUGCACAAUUUUUUAAAGAAACUUUGUUUUAUUUAUCAUACAACCUUACAUAAGUAAAAUAACUAAAUAAAAUUAUUCAACAAUCCUGAAAAUUAAAUAAAUAUACAUGUCAUCAAAUAUCAAACAGAAAUUUGCACAAAGCAACUAUAACUGUCAAAGUUAGUGAUAUUAUCAAUACCAACUGUCAAUUGGCGGUUGGCCAUUGUUUUGUUUUAUCUGUCAAAGGAACGUAAACCACCCCCAUGAUGGUUUUUCUGGAUAUUGAACCGUCGGCCAUUUUUUCGAUUUGUUCUAGUUGUUGAUCCCCCCCUGCUGGGCCCACAGGGAUAAUUAAUCGACCCCCUACCUAAAAACAAUUUACCGCAUGUUUUCUUUUGAGUUUUACAAUAUUUUUGACAAUUUUUGGGUUUUGGUCGGUAUUUUGAGUAGUAUUGACAUUUUUAGGUAAAUAUGACAGAAAAUACUUACUUUUAAUUGAUCAACCAAAGGUUCUGGAAGAGUGGGGGCUGCUGCCCCAACGUGUAUAGCAUCAUAGGGCCCCAUUUCGGCAUAACCCAACCUACCAUCUCCCUUAACCAACAAAACUUGCCCGCUAUCCAGUAAAUCUGGAUUAUCACUCCGGAUAUUGUUAUUAGCCAUAUCCACAAGCUCUUUAAUGUGAUCUAUACCUACAGCCACCCUAUAAAACAAAACGAUAACACACACAACUGAGCAAUUUAUAAGAAUUACCCCUUUGGUCCUAAAAUUUUAGACAUACAAGCCGUCAGGUAACCACUACCAGAACCGACAUCCAAAGCCCUUGUGCCCCUCACCAAAUGCUCUCUUAACAACUCCAAAGCAUGGGCGUGCAUGUGAGGAGCCGAUAUGGUAACCCCGUAACCUAUACCCUGAGGACUAUCCAUAUAAGGCGAAUUUCUCGAGUAAUGACCCCUAUCAACCCCCGACAUCGCCGCCUCCACUACAUCG